UCCACCCUUUUCCGUUUCCCUCCACGGCGCGCCCCUCUUCCCUCCCCCAUUUUCAGAUCCGAAAUCCAAAUCUCCGCCCUUUAUCUCUCCUCCCCCCUCCGACCCACCACCACCUCAUCCAUUCCCCUCCUCCCUCCCUCCCCUCCCCCUUCCCGCCGCCGCCUCCCACUCCAAACCCCUGCCGUUGGCCACCGAUCGAUUGAUCCAGUGCUCUGCUCUGGUGGUUGCCCGUAGGAUCCUCCCGGCAGCAGAGAUCUGUGGCUGCGUAUCGGGCCGGGCACCAAACCCCUAAACCCCCGAUCCGCGACGAGGAGCGGGUGCGGUGGCCGGAGCCGCGGAUCGCCGGAGCUGAGAGGGGGCGCCUGUCGCAGAUCUGCCGAUCCUGGCGCCGGACAUGAGCUCCUCGGUCGAGAAGGGGAGCGGAUCGCUGGAUCCCGGCGAGCGCCCGGCCGCCGGCAGCCAGCCCAAGGCAUGCACCGCCUGCAACACCACCAAGACGCCGCUCUGGCGCGGCGGACCCUCCGGCCCCAUGUCGCUGUGCAACGCGUGCGGGAUCCGGUACAGGAAGAAGCGGAGGGAGGCGAUGGGCCUCGAGGACCCUCCCAAGAAGAGGCAGCCGGCGGCCGCCGCCGCGCCCGCGGCGUGCUCGGAGGCCGGCGGCGAGAGCGCGGAUCCGGAGCAGCAGCAGCCGCAGCAGGCCAAGAAGAAGACGACGACGACCAAGAGGGGGCGCGAGGUGGAGCUCCGCGUGGUGGGGUUCGGCAAGGAGGUGGUGCUGAAGCAGCGGCGGCGGAUGCGGCGCAGGCCGCGGCUGGGCGAGGAGGAGAAGGCGGCCAUCCUCCUCAUGGCCCUCUCCUCCGGCGUCAUCUACGGCUGACCCAGCCCCACCUAGCUAGCUAGCAGCAGCAAGCGGAGAGAGGAGAAGAGAAGAGAGAUGAGAGGAGAUCCAGAGUGUGAGUGAUUUGCUCGCUUGCUGCUGCUUGCCUAGCAAUCAAGCAAGCAUGCAGGCAGAGAUGUUGCGGCGUCUCUGCCUGCUCCCCCUUGUUCUUUCCUGCUAGUUUUUCCGGCUGAUUAGUUGUUGAAUAACGAAUGAAUGAACGAUGAUGAUGCAGCUGCAGCAGCUGCUGCUGCUGUUCUUCGCGCCAGCUUUAGCGGCUUUGUUCUUUCUUCUUGCCUAGUAGCAGCUGUGAUGUUACCAAGUAGUAGUAGUAGUAGUAGUAGCGGUUAUCCUAGUAGUAGUGGUAGUGUGUAACAUCUCAGUGUAAGAAUUGAGAGAGAGCUUUAUGAAUGAUGAACCAUCUUUGUGGCUCCA